AGUAAGUCCUCCCUGCGAUUGUCCGAUUCAAGCCAAUCUCGUCGCAAUGUCUCUCCCCGCAUACAAGACUUCCUUCUUGGAGUCAUCCAUCUCCGCCAAGGUCUUGACCUUUGGCACCUUCACCCUCAAGUCGGGCCGCCAGUCCCCCUACUUCUUCAACGCGGGCACCUUCCACACGGCCUCUCUUCUUUCCGCCCUCUCUACCGCUUACGCUCACACUAUUAUCUCCUUCCUCGCCGAAAACCCCUCCAUCCCUAAGCCCGAUGUGAUCUUCGGCCCUGCAUACAAAGGUAUCCCGCUCGCCUGCGCGACUCUCCUCGAACUCCACCGCCUCCAGCCCGAAGCCUGGUCCGAGGUGUCGUACAGCUACAACCGUAAGGAGAAGAAGGACCACGGCGAGGGCGGCAACAUCGUGGGUGCCGGGCUGAAGGACAAGAAUGUGUUGGUGAUCGACGACGUGAUCACGGCCGGCACGGCGAUGCGCGAGACGCUGGACCUGGUCGCCAAGGAAGGCGGCAAGGUCGUCGGGUUCGCCGUCGCGCUGGACCGGUUGGAGAAGAUGCCCGGCCCCAAGGACGCCAACGGCGUGGAGGAUGAUGCGCCGCGCAUGAGCGCCAUGGGCCAGAUCCGGAAGGAAUACGGCGUGCCCACGACGAGUAUUGUCACGCUGGACGAUUUGAUCCGCUUGAUGCAGGAGAAGGGGGCUGGCGAGGAUAUGCGCCGGCUGGAGGAGUACCGGGCUAAGUAUCGGGCUAGCGAUUAGACUGGAUUGAUUGGGCGAGAGGGAGAAAAAAAAAGUUUGGGUCGUGAGGGAUAUACUGGUUGGGGGAGGAUGGAGCUUUUGUCUAUCAGUGGGCUAUAGGUUAGGCAUAACGUCAAGUUUCACUGAAAUUUUUCCUCUAUGAUAUUGGGAUUGACGGGUCUGGCUGGCUCCAUUGAUCGGUUGAAUGUUAACCGCUCGACCGAAAGGAAACAGCUUCCUUUUGCAUGGUUCUUAUGAGGCCUUUUGGUUGACGCUUGUUUCAUGAGAAUAUGUCGGGUUUCCAAUACUUCGGUGAUUUCUCGAUCUUUGGCGCCGGUAUGCCUUUAUCAUUGCUCGGGCUGUUCGGGACGGUCUCGGCACCGAGCUAUGGCCGAGUUUGCGCCCUUAUCUUUUCGUC